CUCUCUCUCUCUCUCUCUCUCUAACGACUUCCUUCAGAUUUUCCCUCGAACACAAUAACACAUCGCCCCCCAACCAACAAGUCCGUUACCGUUACAUUCCUUCUCGCUCCUCCUCCUCUUCCCCCAACUCUCUCUCUCACUCCACCACAUGUGUCGCGACAUGUCCACUCUCCUCCGCAAAGCCUGGGACUCCGUCUCCGGCCGCUUCGGCUCCGACUCCGGCUCCUCCUCGCCGUCGUCAUCCGGCCGUCACCACCACAACCAUCAGCAGCAGGAGAUGAUGACGUGGAUGUACGCUCAGUCGUCCACCGGGGCGUUCGAUCGAGUGCCUCUCGACGUAUUCAUGCAAAUCGUGAAGCUGUUGGGGCCGAAGGAAGCGGCGAGUCUGAGCGCCGUUUGUAAGUCGUGGAAGCUGAUCGUGUCGGAUAAUCGGCUGUGGAUUUACUUCCUUCAGAAUCAGCAGGAGUCCUGGGACUCGAUUUUCUUCGCCGAAACGCAGUUGCGAUCGGGUUAUCCUCUUCAAGCUCUUCCCAAUCAGAUGUCUCAGUUGUCAUUCAUGGAUAUAUUUGGUCAGCGAGAAAAAGUCCCUGGUUCUGUCAUCAUUGACGGUGGAUCAGGGUAUUGCAAGUUUGGUUGGAGCAAAUAUGAGCGUCCAUCUGGACGGUCUGCUACAUUUUUGGAAUUCGGUAACAUUGAGUCUCCGAUGUACUCUAGACUUCGACACUUCUUCGCAACUAUUUACAGCAGGAUGCAGGUGAAAACAUCUGCGCAACCAAUAGUUGUGUCGAUUCCAAUUUGCCAUUAUGAUGAUACUGAAUCUGCCAAAGCAGCUAGAAGACAGCUGAAGCAAACAAUCUACUCCGUUUUGUUUGACAUGAAUGUCCCUGCUAUAUGUGCUAUCAAUCAGGCAACUUUAGCUUUGUAUGCAGCAAGACGAACUUCAGGAAUUGUUGUUAACAUUGGUUUCCAGCAGACCUCUAUUGUUCCAAUUUUACAUGGUAAAGUCAUGCGCAAGGUGGGUGUUGAAGUUGUGGGAAUAGGAGCAUUGAAGCUUACGGGAUUUCUUAGGGAACUGAUGCAGCAGAAAAAUAUGCAUUUUGACUCGCUGUACACUGUGCGCUCAUUGAAAGAGAAGCUAUGUUAUGUUGCUCUUGAUUAUGAAGCUGAGCUAUCCAAAGAUACCCAAGCAACACUUGAAGUUGCAGCAGAAGGUUGCUUCACUCUUUCAAAAGAACGAUUUCAAACAGGAGAGAUUUUAUUUCAGCCACGCAUGGCAGGAGUGCGUGCAAUGGCUUUGCAUCAGGCAGUGGCACUUUGCAUGGACCAUUGUCAAGCUGCAGAAUUGAGUGGUGAUAACAGUUGGUUCAAGACUGUAGUUUUGACUGGAGGGUCUGCAUGUUUACCAGGACUAGCAGAAAGGUUAGGGAAGGAACUUCAUGAAGAACUUCCCAAGUCCAUGUCCACUGGAAUAAGAGUAAUUUCACCUCCCUUUGGUGCAGAUUCGGCAUGGUUUGGGGCAAAGCUUAUCAGUAAUUUGAGCACAUUCCCUGGUCCCUGGUGUAUGACAAAGAAACAGUUCAGAUACAAGGCCAGACGCUUUAUAUGGUGAAAUUGCCCAACUCAUUUGCACUGGCAAUCUAUGGAAAAUAGUUUCCACUUUGCCAACACAGCAACUCAAGUUCUCAAAUAUGAGGUGACAAAUAAUUAUGCUGUUAUCAGAAUGGCAAAUCUAUUUGUUCUCAACUUUGCUUCUGAAUCAUAAUUUGUUUACAUAGUCCCUGUAUUUUGUUGUAUCAUAUAAGUGGGCACAAAUGAGCAUGCGCUCAUGCAGGUGAAGCAUAGCAUAUAUAGCAUAAUUUUUGGUGAAGCACUUUAUGUAAGACCUAACACAAUUAAACAAUUCACCUUGUUGAAUGUAUAAUGGUUUUGGUAUUGGAGUUCUCUGUUCGGGAAUCCUU